AUGGUCGGAGGCGGAAGCAGGAGGGACGGUGGGCCGCUGAAGAUCAAUAGCACCAACGUCUUUGCGGUGCUUGAGACUCUCAAGAAGAAGAAGAAGUCGGACAAGGAGUCGAAGAGCAAGGGGGCAUCUAAGAACCAAGGGAAGGAGCAGGAGAAGCAAGUGUUUUGGGCCCUGGCGCCUCUGACGUCCAUGUCCUGGGCUAAUGUUGGAGACGACGACAAUGACGAUUACUAUGCUACCACGGCGCCGCCCCAGGCUGUUUGGGGAGUAUCGGAGCAGCAACACAAUAAAAAGGUUGAGGAGACCAUAGAGGAGAAUCAUGAGAUGGAUAGAGGAGGAAGAAACACUGCAAUAUCUGAUUCUGGACAUGGACGUGAUGGGAUUGGCAUGCUAGUAGAACUCCACAAACAUGUAGAAAGAAGAGGCAUCAAGUUCAACAAUGCUAAGGAGCUUUCAGAGAAAUUGAUCAAGCUUCAUAAGAUUCCUUUAGAGCUAGAAGAUCAAGUCGAACCUGAGUUCGAAUCUGAGUUUGAAUCUCUAGAGUCAACCUUCGAACCAGAUUCAGAAGAAUCAGAUCAGACCGAUUUCAUAGCACUGAUGGCCAAAGAAGAGAUAGCUGAAUCUGAGUUCGAAUCUGGAUCCUAUUAUGGAUCCAAAAGGGAGAGAGAGCACUAUAGAAACCAGUGCCUUGCUCAUAAGAUUCAUCCAGCACAACCGGAGGAAAAGGAGAAAUCAAUCCCGAAAGGGAAGAAGCACAUUGAAUGCUCCAAGUACAAAUGA